AGAGUAGUGGAACCAGCGGUUCAAAAGGAAGAAGUUUCGCUGGCCAGAAAGUUCCAAAUACAAAUAAUGCCUCUGAAGAGUUAUAUGAAGUGGAUGAAUUUGCAGCAAAAGUCCUCACAGGAAAGCUGACUACAGUUUUUCUUCCCAUUGUCUAUAUUAUUGUCUUUAUCAUUGGUUUGCCAAGCAAUGCCAUGGCCCUCUGGGUCUUUUUUUUCCGAACAAAGAAGAAACAUCCAGCUGUGAUUUAUAUGGUUAACUUGGCACUGGCAGACCUUCUUUUUGUUGUCUGGUUCCCGCUGAAGAUUGCAUACCAUGUAAAUGGCAAUAAUUGGCUAUUUGGUGAAGGUCUUUGCAAAGUACUUGUUGGAUUUUUCUAUGGAAAUAUGUACUGUUCCAUUCUCUUUAUGACAUGUCUCAGUGUGCAACGGUACUGGGUUGUAGUGAACCCAAUAGUGCAUUCAAGAAAGAAAUCUGAAAUUGCCUUGGGCAUCUCUCUUGCUAUCUGGAUACUGAUUUUGUUGGGCACCAUUCCAUUGUAUCUUGUUAAUCAGACAGCAUAUAUUUCAAAUCUUAACAUUACUACCUGCCAUGAUGUGUUGCCUGAAAAUGUUUUGGCUUAUGAUAUGUUCAAUUAUUUCCUUUCACUUGCAAUUGUACUCUUUUUAAUCCCAGCUCUCCUCACUGCUGUCGCUUACAUACUGAUGAUUAAGACUCUGAAUGCUUCCAUCUCAGAUGUAAGCACUGGGAAGAAACGAAAAAGAGCAAUCAAACUUAUUAUUGCUGUCCUGUCCAUGUAUCUCAUCUGCUUUACACCUAGCAACGUGCUGCUUGUUGUGCACUAUUUGCUCCUCAAAACCUACAGCCAGAGCUAUCUGUAUAUGUCAUACAUAACUGCGCUGUGUCUUUCUACUUUGAACAGUUGUAUUGAUCCAUUCAUCUAUUACUAUGUUUCAAAAGACUUCAGAGACAACCUUAAAAAUGCUCUUCUUUGCCGAAGUGUACGAACUACACGGAGGAUGCAAGUGUCUCUGUCAUCAAGCAGAUACCCCAAGAAAUCAAACUCUUAUUCUUCAAACUCAAAUGGGACCACUAAAUCAACCUACUGA